UGCACAUUACAAAUUCAAAAUGAAAUCAUUUCUGUUGUUGGCGUGUCUCUUAGUUAAUUGGUCGUGCUCGCUAGCGGCGUGGCAAAAAAGCGUUUCUAAAUGGAGUCUAGAAUCUGGAAUGGAGGAUGCGCGCAGAAUAAAAAAUUCUGAAUAUUUAAUCGGUCCACUGUCGCGCAUCGUCGGAGGAGCUAUCGCGCCAAUUGGAUCGCACCCGUACCUAGCAGGUCUUCUAAUAGACGUCAUAGGUCUCCCUUCUCCGGCGGCAUGCGGAGGAUCUCUAAUCUCGCCUACAAGAGUGCUGACUGCCGCUCAUUGCUGGAACGACGGCCGGUUUACCGCUUGGCGUUUCACCGUCGUCCUCGGUUCUCCAUUCCUGUUCCACGGUGGAGUCAGAAUACCUACCUUCACGAUCGCCGUCCAUCCACAGUAUAACCCGAGAACUCUCAACAAUGAUAUUGCUAUAUUAUAUUUACCAAUGCACGUCAGUUUCUCGGACGCGAUUAGACCGAUAGCUUUGCCGCAUAGGCAUCUGCUUAACAUGGAUUUUACAGGACAUUGGUUUAAAACAGCCGGAUACGGAAGAUACUCUGAUCUUAGCACACCUACCACUAACACUAUGGUGAGGAAUAUCUUUCUUCAAGCUAUAUCGACGCAACAGUGUCGGGCGAUAUAUGGAAAUGCUAUCUUAGAUUCGAAUAUUUGCACGAACGGCGCCGGCGGAGUAGGCAUCUGUCAGGGUGACUCCGGUGGACCUUUGACGUACUCAUUUCAGGGUCAAGAUAUACUUAUCGGUGUUAGCUCCUUUGUGGCACAAGACGGUUGUGAGUUAGGAUUUCCAUCGGCAUUCGCGAGAGUGACAUCGUACAUUGACUGGAUACACCGCCACAUGUAAUUUUAGAUAUUAAAUGUGAUAGUAAACAAACAAAAUGUGCAAACAAAAUAAUGCUAAAGCGAAAAUUAAGGCUUGUCGACAACAGAAAUGAAUAUGACAAAACUACCACCGCAUUAAUAUGCAACGUAACGUGCAAAUAAAUAAUUAAAAUCAAACAAAGCAAUCCUUUUAUUUCCACGAAUACAACACUAAAUUUUGUUAUUUAUUACCAGCAAAAAGCGUUACGUGUAUCGUCCUGAAUCUCAAUGAUAGAAAAACAUUUCCCAAACAGUUUUGUAGCAGAAAGGGAGA